AUGAAGGCUGUCUUGUGUGUACUUGUAUCCAUUGGCCUUCUAAGUUGUGCAAGGGCUGAUGAUGAUGGCAGAUAUCAUCCAGAACUGUAUGGUGAUAAAUCAAUCACAUACAAUCCAAUAAACAAUGGAAGGUUCGAUUACAGACACAGGAGCAACUUUGGAAGAAGUGACUUGUACUACCCUAAUCAUGGGUACCAGCCAUUGUAUUCUCUAAAACCAUAUCAACAACUGUCUGCUCCAUUUGAAACAUACAGUAAACUUGCCAGUACAAUUUCAAGUUCGACGGCACUCCCGCCAGUAGUCCGGGCUUCCACCGUACAACCACCUAAUUACGUGUAUGCCAAACAUUAUGGUAACGAAGGCUAUGCUAGAAUUAUUGAACAAGACAAUGAUGUAAAUGAAAAUAGCUACCAAUAUAAAUAUAAGACCGAAAAUGGAAUAAGUGCUGGAGAGUCUGGAAUUGUUGAUCCUUCUGGUACAGUGGGGGGAACUCGUGUCUCCGGAUUUUACGAAUAUGUUGGUGCUGAUGGCCUCACUUACAGGGUUGACUAUACCGCUGACGAAAAUGGCUUCCAUCCGACUGGGGCUCACUUGCCUAAGUUACAUACGAAUUAA